AUGGCACAGAGAUUCGAAAUUGGGUGGAUGAGGCUGAUACCAUUCCUCGGAUACCAUCAUGUGCUCAUGAUAUUGAUUGCAAUUGCCAUCAUAUUACUUUCACUUUUAUUAGCAGGGUGCUCAUCAUCCUCACCUCUCAUACCGGGCAUUUUCCUCAUAUCCCUCUAUUACCAAUCAUACCCGGCGGUGCCAUCGACAGCACAAGCAGAUUUCAACGUUCACAACGCAAUAGCAACAGUGGUUGGCGACGCAAGACUAGCAGCAAGAGUUGGAUUCUUCGGCAUCUGUAUCAAUCCAGAUGGAGGAUCAUGGCUUUGCAGCAACAAUGCCACGGCAUUAGCAAAUGAGGUCACAGUUGCGCAGGACCCGCUGAACUUAAUCUGGCUUGCCAGUCAAUUCAAGGAUAUGAUCGUAUUCCCAUACUUAAUCAUCAUCGCCAUCAUCUUUGCAUUCAUAUGCCUCCUUCUCCUCGCGACCUUCCCAGGCUGGCACGAGGAAGAGGACGCACACGGCAGCGAACGCGAGGUCAAGCCCUUCCCCUCACGGCCAGUCUCCCAAAUCGCCCUCGCUAUCAUCUUCAUCGCAUCCAUCUUCGUUCUCGUUUCCGUCCUCUGGCAACAUACCGCCUCAGUCGCCGCAUCCAUCAUAGCGCAAGAUAUGGGGAAUGGAAGUGUAUUAAGCGGCGUCGGCACCACAGCCAUGGUGUUGGGCUGGUUUAGUUUCGCGCUAUUAAUCAUCGUUACUAUCGGCCUGCUAGUCAUGAUACUAAGUAUCAGAGUUCUAGCAGAAACAUUCGGAUAG